AUGGGGGUCUCCAUCACUCACAGACUUGGACACUCAGCUGUAUUUUCUCGGCCUGUGGGACCGAGCGUCAGACCGUCCGUCCCCAAACUCCUGCUGCCUCCAGAGGACGGCGCUGAGACGUCGGGGAGUCCUCCAGCUUUCAUCUCUGUCUUUCUGCCUGAGUUCCCACAGCGGACAUUUCCUGGACGAGACCACUUCCAGAUCCUGGGCUUCAUAGCCAAAGGCUCAUAUGGACCCAUCUUGAAAGUGAAGGACAUUUUCAAAGACAAGACUUUUGCUGUUAAGGUUCUCCCAAAGUCAGAGAUCUUGAAGCACAGAGUGGUGGAGCAGUCGAAAGAAGAAGUCAUCAUUCAGCGGCAGCUCAAACACCCAUUUAUCCACAAUCUGCAGGACUGCUGGCAGACACAGCGCCACCUCUUCAUUAUGUGCGACUACUGCGGCGUGGGAGACUUGUACACUCACUGGUUACUGAAGGGCCGGUUUGAGGAAGAGGAGGUCCGGCUCUUUGCUGCAGAGCUGGGCAGUGCGCUGGGAUUCCUGCAUGACUUGGGGAUUGUGCACAGAGAUGUAAAGAUGGAGAACAUUCUCUUAAGUGAUCGAGGUCACCUUCGUCUGUCUGAUUUCGGACUCUCACGGCGGCUAAAACGAGGAGGAAGAGCGUUCACGAUAUGUGGGACCCUCCAAUACAUGGCUCCUGAGGUUUUAGGUGGGGGUCCAUACAACCACGCUGCUGACUGGUGGUCCCUUGGCAUUAUGUUGUUCUCACUGGUGACAGGAAAGUUUCCAGUCCCUGCAGAGCUGGACCACGGUACCAUGUUGACCAAGGUCAGAAUUUUUCCUUAUGUCCUCCCUGAGACCUUCAGCUCGGCUUUGAUCUUCCUGCUCAAUGAGCUUCUGUGCAAGAAUCCAGCCAACCGGCUUCGUAACCUGGAGUGUUUUAAGAUGCAGGCCUUCUUUCGUGGCUCUUCGUUUGACCCUGUCAUCCUUCAAAAGACACCUGUCGACGUCAUCCUCGAGCUCAGGACUCAUCCUGAUUGGGCAGCCAAAGCGAGGAGAGGCCUUUCGCCGGGCGACUUUGACAGCUUUGACUGUGAUCAGAUCCUGCGUUCUCCUACAAGUCCCAGUGAACUGUCUCCUGCUCUGGCCAGCGUGGACCUGAGCCCAGCCACAGAGCAGACAUGUGAAGCAUGA